AUUCUGUAACGCUUUGAUUUCUUGGGACACGUUUGUUGCUCCCACAUCCUCCACUUCAACGCCUAAGUUACGUUACUGAUUUUGGAACAUGACAAAGGAGAAGUUCCAAAAACAUCAUCCAUGCCUCCCCGGCAAUAGCACGAACGAAAUAAUGUCAAUAUUAGCUACCAUAUGUCGAUAUCUACAUCUAAUUUGUUUCUUCCCAAAAAGAGAAACCCCGCGUGGAGACAUAUUAGAGGUAACGUUGAUAAAAUAUAAUUCGCCGUGUGUCCGUGGAACGAUAGCAAGAGCCAAAACACACCAUCAAACUUAAAAAAAAAGAGAACAAAAUGGUUGAAUGAAGAAACAGAAAUACAAGUAAGGAAAAGGCCCCAGGGAGGCCUAUUAGGUGGCCACGUAGACGAUUUCUUGGGUGAUAAAAGGGCGCGAUUUGGCGUGAGCUUUGCCUCCUCCAUCAUAUUUAAAAACUUUUCCAUCACAAGCAAGCAAAACCCUAAACCACGCACGCCAUGCUUCCCCACUCCUACAACUUCGAUUCCGUUUCCAAAUCGCAGGAACUAUCAGCCACCAUCCAAGCCGCGAACACAUCGUCGCAAAUAACCUCCGUCUGCGCCUCCAUCGAAUCAUUCCUACACUCGCAGUCACCGGAGCAAUCCCGCCACUUCUUCUCCCUCGCAUUCCCAACCCUAAUCUCCAAGCUCUUCGGCUUCGACGACCCUCGCUCCUCCAAUGCCUGGAUUCACCGCUCCGAUAUCGCACAUACCUUAUUCUCACUACUCUCCCCUGCCGGAACCCUCGCCGCCGCUAUCUCCGCCGUGGACCGCCUCUCCCUCGUCAAAUACCUCUUCCCCGCUGAACGCCUUCCUCACUGGUCCCACUCCCUUCUGCUCCUCUCCGACAGUAACGAUUCCCGUUCCCUCUCCGAUCUCUGCCCCUCGCUAUUCAAACGCUCUUCUUCUCCCUCUCAAAUCCAACUCAACGUUUUCCAAUACUUCUUCUUCUGGUUCGCUUACUACCCCGUUUGCAAGGGCAAAACCAACAAUUCUAAUAACGCUUCCGUCAAGAGACCCAAAAAAAUUAGGUUAGAGAAUUGGAGUUCCUCGAUUCCCGGUUUUUCGAUCCCCAAGCGCACUGGCGCUGAGGAAAAGCCUUGCUGCGAUUUGUACACGCGCCUUCUCUACGCUUAUCUACGCGCCUUUGUGCCCAUCUACGAUCUCAACGCGCACCAGCCCUACCGCAGUUCGAUUCUCCACUACGGUUCUGGUUACGAUGCUUCCGUUGUGGCACGUGCGGAGUUUGUGGUCAACGCUCUUGUUCAUUUCUGGCUUGUAGACAAUGAUUUCUCGCCGUUGCCGGUGAAUGCGUGCAGGUCGCUCGGGGUUUCUUUUCCGGCGGGGGAGGCGCCGCCGGCGCCGGGAUUGGGGGAGGUGGUUAAGCUGUUUGUGAGGUACUUGAAUUUGAGCACUGUUGCGGCCAUUCGCGAGGGUGGCGAGUGUGGGAGUUCUAGGUGGGGUUUCGUGGAGGGUGUGGUGAAGAACAAGGAUUUGGGUUGUGCGCGCUCGCUUGGGUGUUGGAAUUUCUGUGUGCAGAGGCCUCUGUAUAGGUUUUUGUUGAGGACGUUCUUGUUUUGCCCCAUGGCUGCUUCGGUGAAGAAUGUGUCUCAGGUUUUUUCUGUUUGGAUUGGUUGCUUGGAGCCUUGGGCGAUAAAAGGGGAUGAGUUUUCGGAUCUGGAUGCGAUCAACAAUGAGAAGAGGGAAAAUUCCGUGUCUGCAGGUGGGGGUGGUGGAUUUUCGCCGCUGUGGCAGGAUUAUGUUCUGGCUAAUUACCUAUAUUACAGUUCCUUGGUCAUGCACUUUUUUGGGUUUGCUCACAGGUUUCUUCAUAGUGAUGUCGAAAUUGUAGUACAGAUGGUGCUCAAGGUUUUGGACAUCUUGACAUCAUCAAAAGAGCUCAUUGACCUUUUGAAGAAUGUGGAUACCCUUUACCAUUCCAAACAAGCUGGAUCAAGCAAACCAAUGUUGAAUAAUUUGUACAGAUAUGUUCCUAUUAUCCAUGAACAGUUGCAGGACUGGGAGGAUGGUUUAUGUGAGACUGAUGCUGAUGGCUCCUUCUUGCAUGAGAAUUGGAACAAAGAUUUGCGGCUGUUUGCAGAUGGGGAGGAUGGUGGACAGCAGCUCCUUCAGUUAUUCAUCUUGCGUGCAAAAGCUGAGUUGCAAGCUAUAUCUAGUGAUAAUCUUGUACCCAACCUUCAAUGCAUAGAUUCAUUGAAGUCAAGAUUGGGGUUCUUAUUUGAUGGACACACUAUAAAGUCAUCAACCUGUCCAGAGCCAGUGCUGCAUCAACAAUCCCGUGAUGAGAUAUUCAAGCCUAGAAGAGCUGGCAAUCAUGCAUUUGCAGUUGUUAAAUACAAAGGUGACUGGAUGAGACGACCCAUUUCCAAUGAUGAGAUUGCAUGGCUUGCAAAAGUGCUCAUUAGGUUAUCUGAUUGGUUGAAUGAGAGUCUUGGACUGAAUCAAGCUGAGAGCAUUCAAGCAAGCUCAACAUGUUCCUAUGUGGAGGUGUCGACUGAUGUUGCCCAUGUAUGUGGACCUUCAGAGGCCUUGAAGGUCUUCUUCUGUACCAUUGGUUCUUGGUUUCUCUUCUUGGGUGCUGCUUCUUUGGGUUUGAUGCGAAAAUACGGUAUGAGGGUGAACUUAAGGAUACUGGCCUCCAAGAAGGUUGUGACGAUAUUUGUUUUGUAUGCUGUUUUUAGCAUAUUGAAGAAACUCUCUCGAUCACUCCAUAGCAUGUAGGGAAGGAUAUAGAUUGAAUAUACAAACUACAAAGUACAUAGAAAUGUCGAUAGUACACAGGAUUUUGUUCCUAUCAAGUUAUUGUGCAUACGGUGUUUUUGCCUGUAAUUACAAGUGGUAUUAACCAAGAAAAAAUGUUCAUCCCCCGUUUCGCUCACUUGGAGUGCGGUAAUGUAAAUAGUUUACUGCAUCCAUUCUGCACUUGCGAUCUUGCCCAACAACUCAGGUCGAUUAAUGUUAUUUGUUUUUCUCAGAGGUCAACUAUACGUCACUAUGGGUUAAGCUCUACGAGUUAACCCAUCUAGCCCUCUAUUAAGCGGGACU